CUACAACUUCCAUAACUGCAUCACACUCUCUCUCUCUAGUCUCUAACGAACAGAAACGAAUUUCCAUUUUCGAAUUUCAAAAUAUCUUCGUGGGAAGUUUUCGUGUCAAAGGAUGAUGAAGGAGAUCGCGUCGAGGAUUUCAAAGCGCAAGGCUGAGCCGACGCCGUUCCCGGCCGGGAAGAAGGCUCGGUCGAUUCCUUCGCGCCGGAAGAGAGCUCAGAUCUCUCCAGUCACCGCCCAUCCACCUCUAUGUGGCAAGGAAACAGGAGGAGUAUCCGCUGCCUCCGUCGACUCCUGCUCCAAUUUGUUCUCCGCAGUCGACGACAGUGUUUCAUGCGGUUCUAGCAGAGUCGAGAAGAAUCGAAUCGAAGAGGAAGAAGUUUCUAGACCUGUGACGACGAUUGCUGCUGAUCCGAAGUUUCGGAGGAUCACUAGAUCAUACUCUAAACUAACCAAGGAGAAGGACGGAGAUGAUGAGAUUGAAGUAAGCGAAUCGUCCUUCACGCGAUCCGACGUGACCUUCGCCGAGCAUGUCUCCGAUAGCCUGAAUUCGAAUUUCGUGUCAGAUAAUAACAAGGAGAGCGACGUCGUUUCGUUCGUUUCGGCAGUGGUGUCCUCUUGCUCGAAGCUCGGAGGCGAUAACGAAGAAACUGAAAUCUCCAAACCGAGCGGAUUCGUGGAACUGAAGCCGGAGGUUGUUGAGACAGUCUCCGAUCUCGCUUGCACGGAGACGUUCUCCGGCGAAGAUGUUUCCGACUAUUACGAGGACGAGUUAUCGGAGAUAUUUUCACAGAGUUCCGUCCUAGAUUCAUCGGAUUACACUCCGUCGUUGUUUUCCGAUUCCGGCAGCGAAUUCUCUGAGAAAUCUAGCUCUGGCUCUCCUAUAUCGCUUUCUCGCUCUCUCUACCUUCAGUACAAGGAACAGUUCUGCAGAUCCACUGUUCCCAACGGUUUCGAAUCUUCUCGCCAUGAUCAGAACCGUGAAAUUCAGUCUCAACUGGUAAGGUUUGAAGAUGAAGAGGUGGAAGAGAGCUACCAAAUGCUGAGGGAAAGAGAGAGAAGCCAUGCGUAUUUGCGUGACUCUGCUAAGGCUUACUGCUCCAGGAUGGACCAUUCUGAUUUCAUCCCUCGUCUACGCUUGAUCAUGGUUCAAUGGAUUGUGGAGCAAUGUUCUGACAUGGGGUUUCAGCAAGAGACCUUGUUUCUAGGAGUUAGUCUGCUGGAUCGAUUCUUGAGCAAAGGAUCCUUCAUCAGCGAGAGGACUCUAGUGCUAGUCGGGAUUGCGAGUCUUACUCUGGCCACCAGGAUUGAAGAAAACCAACUUUACAAUAGCAUACGGAAAAGGAACUUCUACAUUGAGAACCUAAAGUAUAGCCGUCAUGAAGUGGUGGCAAUGGAGUGGCUGAUUCAAGAAGUUCUCAACUUCAAAUGCUUCUCACCCACAAUCUUUAACUUCUUAUGGUUUUACCUAAAAGCUGCUCGAGCCAAUCCAGAAGUUGAAAGGGUAGCCAAAUCCUUUGCCGUUACCUCACUUGCCGAUCACACUCAACUCUGUUUUUGGCCCUCGAGUGUAGCAGCCGGGCUCGUAGUUCUUGCGUGCAUCAAACACAACAAAAUCUCAGCCUACCAACGAGUGGUAAAGGUUCAUGUUAGAACAAAAGAUAACGACCUGCAUGAAUGCGUCAAGAGCCUGGAAUGGUUCCUUGAGCAGUGAGCAAUCAACAACAACAACAAAGACCCCAAAAACCAGAACACAGUAUACUCCCCAUACGAACUCACAGGUUAUUAUUACCAUUUAUUAAAAAACAGUAUAUACUAAGCAAUGCGUCUACAGAUAUAUAUACUUAAAGACUUUUUAGCUCUUGUAUUGGCAUACUGAUACCAACUAUUUGUGUCGUUACCCACAUUUAUUGUUUAUUUUUCCCAAUACACUACGCUCCCAUUUUAUCAAGUCAUUUUCUUGUUCAGU